AUGACGGUACUUCGGACUGUCCUUCAAGGCGCUCUGCUCGGCGCCUUGGGGGUGAGGGCCACCUCGAAGCCCUCGCCUCCUGACCAAGCGCCCCUGCCCUUGGACAUUGAGCAUGACGACGUCAACAGCCACACAUCGCUCAGUGCUGCCUAUAGGGACAUCCUCGACCCCAUGUUGGAAGUCCUCAGCACGAUGCAGGAAGAGUACUUUGCUCCGUGGCUUGGAACGUGGCCAGAAGCCAUCGAUUGGACCGCAGCCGUGAUGGGCACGCACGUCUCUGGCGCUCUUGGUUCCAUAUCACGUGCACUCGACCUGAUUCCAAUCUCAGGAAGAGGCGGAGAUCGGAACAAGGAAAAUCUGGUCACUCUCUUCUUCUCACAAAUCCUAGGCUAUUACUUCGGGCAGGACCACUUCGCCAUUAGGAACGAGGCAUACGAUGACAUCCUGUGGGUCGUCCUCGGCUGGCUCGAAACGAUACAAUUCAUCGACCUGCACACAACUCUCAACUUCCAAGACGCGACCGAUGCUCCCGGUUUUGCAAAGUGGCACGGUAAUAUCUGGACACCCGCAUUCUCCCACCGAGCAAGGAUAUUCUGGAAUCUCGCCAAGGCUGGCUGGGACUGGGACCUAUGUGGCGGAGGCAUGACUUGGAACCCCAGGCUAGAACCGUACAAGAACGCCAUAACCAAUGAGCUGUUCAUAUCAGCUUCAGCUGCCAUGUACCUGUACUUCCCUGGGGAUUGGAAUGACUCUCCCUUUUUCAACGGGCUCAACACCUCCAGCGACGAACAUCUCACUAGGCCCCGCGGUGAUGACGUCUUUAGGCCUCACGAUCCUGUCUUUCUCGAAUUCGCACAAGACGGGUACCGAUGGCUUGAGGCAUCAGGCAUGAUGAACAGCCAAGGGCUCUACGUCGACGGAUUCCACAUUUCCGGAUGGAACGAUCCUACGAGUGACAACAAGAAGUGUGAUGUGCGCAAUGAGCAGGUCUACACGUACAACCAAGGUGUCAUCCUUACCGGUCAGAUCAGCCUUUGGAAGAUCACGGGCAACUACUCCUACGUCGAGGACGGCCAUCGCCUGGUUCGAAAUGUCAUUCAGGCAACGGGCUGGGAUUCACAACGCCAGAGACCGAUGGACCAUGUCCAACAUGGCAGGAGCAAUUCUGAUGGCCAGCCACCGGGAGGUAGCAAGCUUCCGCCGUGGCGUGGUCUUGGCCGUGCUGGUGUCAUGGAAGACGCCUGUGACAGCAAAGGUUCUUGUUCCCAAGACGGCCAAACUUUCAAAGGCAUUUUCUUCCAUCAUCUUACGGCAUUCUGCACCUCGUCGUUAUCACUGGAGGACUUUAUGGCCCAUAGUAGACACACGCAUGAUCAGAUGCGAUCUCAUCUGGCAGAGUGCCGAUCCUAUGCUCCUUGGCUGCGGCACAACGUUCAUGCCAUGAUAAGGACAAGGAACGAUAUAGGCCUAGUGGGUAUGUGGUGGACUGCAGGGCAUCUUGGCCUCGAGGACAAAAUGCCACCUCAGGACGACCUUGAAGAUCCCAAUGCGGUGGAUUACAGGAACGAGGGUGUACCUGAUGAUCCAGUAUGGAAACGGACUCCUACAGGUGCAACAACCCCGGAAGCUCAUCACAAUCCACAUGCUGAGCCUUACGUAGCCGGCCAGCAUGUCGCAUCAAAGAGCCGCACGCAUACGACCUUCAGACGGUGGCCGAAGGACAGUGAGGAUGCUGCAAAUCGCGAUAGGAUGCGACAUGUGAAGAGAGCGGACCCAUCAGUUUUUAGAGAAGAUCUCAACGACCGUGGUCGUGGCCGGACUGUCGAGACCCAGGGUAGUGGAUUGGCGUUAUUGAGGGCAUUCUGGGAGAUUUCUACCCGGACUCGACCUAGCAAGUGGAAAGGUACUGCAAGGGGGGCGCUCAAUCCUGACGAGUUGUAA